AUGUGGUUUGCAAAAACAUUCAAUUCACUAAUAUUACCUGAUUUAAGGUACAAUUUAGUAAAUGAGAUUCAAUUUUAUAGUGUUUUUUCACCAACUUAUAAAAAACCAAUCUAUGGAAAAGAAAACCAAAAAGUAUUUUUUGAGAGAUACAAAGGAAAAAAUAUAUUGCGUUCAAAAAUCAAACCAUCAAGUAGUUCUGAGACAUGCUCCGAAUUUUAUGAUGCAUUAGUUUGCAAAUUUACAAAUCAUAUUAUGAGGGAAGGUAAGAAACAAAUAGCUAAAAAACUAGUAGCAGAUACUUUUGAAAAUAUUAAAAUAAUGCAACUGCAAAAAUAUUACAAUGCUUCACUUGAUAACCAAAAAAAUAUUAUAUUGGAUCCAAAAAAAAUAUUACAUGAAGCUGUAAAUAAUUGUUUACCUAUUUUACACUUACAAAAAAUAAUGAAAGUUAAAUUAUCAUAUAAGGUUCCUGUACCAGUGGAUAAAAACAGAGCUGUAUUUUUAUCUAUGAAUUGGCUAAUUAAAGCUGCACAAGAUAAAGGAAAUGCUGAAAAAUUUGGCGAUGUAAUGGCACAGGAACUCAUUAAUGCUGCGCAAAACAAAGGUAAAGCUGUUAAAAAAAUGUAUGAUUUACAUAAGCAAUGUGAAGCAAAUCGAGCCUAUGCACAUUAUAGAUGGAUAUAA